AUGGCUAUUUUUCGUGCCAGGUUUAGCGAUUCCUUCCUUUCCUCUUCUCCUGUAUGGAGAAAUUGGGUCGUUCGCGGAGUGUUUACGAUAAUCAUGGUUUCGAUGUUCUGCUUCAUAGUGAGCAGAGGCCCGACUUGGUUAAUGGCACUUGUCUUUGCUAUCCAGUUCAAGUGUUUUCAUGAAAUCAUAAAUAUUGGGUUGGCUGUCUACCGAAUGUACGAUUUUCCUUGGUUCCGUGUCUUGUCAUGGUAUUUCCUCGUUACUAGUAACUACUUCAUAUUUGGCGAAAGUCUCAUCGAUUACUGGGCCAUUUUACUUCGGAAGGACAACUUCUUGCAUUUUCUAAUCACCUAUCAUCGUUUAAUUAGUUUCGCUUUGUAUUGCGUCGGAUUUGUUUGGUUUGUGCUUUCUCUAAAGAAAGGAUAUUACAUGCGGCAAUUUUCUUUGUUUGCUUGGACGCACAUAACGCUCUUACUGAUCGUAUGCCAGUCUUUUUUCAUUAUCCAAAAUAUAUUCCAAGGAACCAUAUGGUUUCUCGUACCGGUUGCAAUGAUUAUUUGUUGCGAUGUCAUGUCGUACAUGUUUGGCUUCUUUUUUGGUCGAACUCCUUUGAUCAAAUUGUCACCGAAGAAAACGUGGGAAGGAUUUAUUGGUGGAGCUGUGAGCACUGUUGUUUUCGGAGUGCUGCUUUCGUACUUCCUCUACAAUCGCCCGUCUUUUGUUUGUCCAGUUGAAGACUACUAUAUUGACAACACAAACUGCACUAUUCCAUCGUCUUUCCAACUUCGACAAUAUGAGCUGCCUCGGCCAUUGUCGUGGAUGUUCAAAAUUCUAAAGCGUGAUCCACACGUGUACAUAGUCCCAUUCGUUGGUCACUCUAUUGUAAUGGCGCUCUUCGCUAGUCUACUAGGGCCAUUUGGAGGAUUUUUCGCAAGCGGAUUCAAAAGAGCGUUCAAAAUCAAGGACUUUGGAGAUGUCAUUCCUGGUCAUGGAGGUCUAAUGGAUCGCUUUGAUUGUCAACUUUUAAUGGGCACUUUUGUCAGUGUGUACAUUCACACAUUUAUCAGGUUGGUAACGGACAUCUUUCCAGAACUUGUCACUUCUCUUUCUGACCAAAUUAUUCAUACAACUGUUUAG